AUGCCUUUGAAAAACAUCCCCCAAUCAGCUACUGUUAGAGAACUAUUUGAUCGUAUACAUCAUGAGCUGAGAAAUUCUGCUGCGCCACCACCCUUCAAGAGUUAUUCCUAUGAUGCACUGAAGAUUCGUCACAAAGCUUUCGCAAUGAAGUCAGGUGAACUGUUGGUCGACGUAGAUGAUGAUCCUAUUUCUGACAAUUCUACAGAGACUAUACAGUCUCUUGGAAUAGUACAUGAAACCGAAGUAGCGGUGUUCAAAAAGAGGGAUUUUUGGGCUCAAAGGAAUGAUCCAGAAUUUCUGUGUACCAAUACUAAUCCUACUACCAAUGGUACUACUACUUUUAAAAAUGACACUAUUAACGCUUCUUAUAAUAAUACUAUUAUUAAUAUUGGUAAUACUUAUAGAUUUGCUAAUAUUACUGUUUAUAUUGAUACCAAUUCUUCUAACAAUACUAAUAAUAUUGAUACCACUGCAAAAAUCAAUAAUAAUACUAAUGCCACAAUUAGUACCGACACAUCGACUACUGAUACUACCAAUAUUAAUGUUAUUGUUACUACUGAUAAUACUAAUUAUGAUACUACUAAUAACGAAACUACUGAUAUUAUUACUAAAAUUAGUACUUAUGCUUGA